AGAAGGACACAAGGACAGGCUGGCGCUCCGGUUUCCUGGCGGAGAAGAUGGCGGCUCCUGGACCGGGGGAGUAUUUUAGCGUUGGGAGCCAUGUCUCCUGCCUCACCUGCUUGGGGCAGCGCCUGCAAGGGGAGGUCGUGGCUUUUGACUACCAGUCCAAGAUGCUGACACUGAAAUGCGCCCCCUCCAGUGGAAAGCCCAACCUGAACGACGUCGUCCUGAUUAAUUUAGCCUACGUUUCAGAAGUGGAUAUAAUCAAUGACCGCACUGAAACUCCUCCUCCUCUAGCAUCACUGAAUGUUAAUAAGCUUGCCAAUCGAGCACGGACAGAAAAGGAAGACAAAUUGUCCCAAGCAUAUGCAAUUAGCGCUGGAGUGUCAGUGGAGGGCCAGCAGCUUUUCCAGACUAUACAUAAAACCAUCAAAGACUGUAAAUGGCAGGAGAAGAACAUAAUCGUGAUGGACGACGUCGUGAUCACGCCGCCUUACCAAGUGGAGAACUGCAAAGGCAAAGAGGGAAGCGCUUUGAGUCACGUACGCAAAAUAGUUGAGAAACAUUUUAGAGAUAUGGAAAGCCAGAAGUCAGUGCAGCGUUCACAAGCACAGCAAACACAGAAGGACUCCACUUUAUCAUCUUGAGCCGGCGGUUGGGUCCGGCUCGGGGAAGACGCAAGAGGCAGUAUGUUUCCAUUGCCAGACAUGGCCGCCGUUUCCUCACCCUCGGUGUCUGAGGUCGUGAGGAGGGCCAAGGGCCUCAAAGGUCCCGGGGACCGCUACCAUUUAUGAAAAUAAGAGGGAAAAGGUAAAUGCUCCAAAUUAGAUUUUUAAAAAAAAAAAAAAAAAAAACACCUUAAGGAAAAGGUUUCCUCACCCAACUCCCCACCCCCCAAUCCUCCACCCCUCCAAACACCACACCGAUCCGCUCGGGCUCUCAGCCCCCUGUUUUCUCUCUUUGAUUUCUCCAUGACGAAAGAGAGUAGUCAGAAAACUUUGUUAGCUUUAUUUUAGAUACUGUUUCCUUUCUGCUGUAUCCAUGUUCUACAUUUUUUUUUUGUUUUCAUCAAAAUGUGACUGGAAACACCACACAUAUACAAAAGGACAUUUUCUAAAAUAAAAGUAACAAAACAUUCUGACUGUAAUACUGUAAUUUUAAUAGCUUUUUUGGAAAGCGAAAGGUUAUUUUUUAUAACAUUCAAUGGAAAGGAUGCCAACGUUAUCGUGUGCAAGUGGGACAGAGAGAGAUUACACAGAGAAAUUGCACUUACUAAGGAAAAUGAGAAGGGUUCUUGUUGAUGGCCUGGACGUUUUUCUAGGAGGGUGUCGAUAAUGAAGGGGAGUUGCACCCUCUUUGAGAAAAGUCCUGAUGAGCAUCUCUUUGGAUUGUUUAACUUUAAUGUCUGCUCCCCCCCACCCCCCUCCUCAUUUCUUUUGAAAUGCGUUUGUCCCCUUUGAACUGAACUGAAAUGGCAUUGAUUUAUUGUAACCUCUGCCAAAACGUCUUGCGUUAUUGACUGAGAAGCGGGGAGUAAUUUGCUUACCAUUCUUAAUGUGACUGUGGUUUACUUUACAUGAUGAUGUGAAGCCCCAGCAUAGGCAAGGUCUACAGUAAAAGCUACUUCUGUGACUCCCAAAGGUAAAGUAACAAACCAAGGCAGGUGAAACGGUGGCAGAGCAGGUUUGGAACAAUGAAUACAAAACUUGAUCAAGUGGUACUUUUUUUUAAUAUAUAGAGAGAAACUCUACCUUAAACGGUCCUUAAUUCUACAUUAAAGAUACCUCUUAUAUGAUGGGACCACUUUUCUGAAGUAUUAUUAAAUACUCUUAUUUUUUUUCUGCUCUUAAAUACAUUCUUCCCAUAUGGUUAUGCCUGGCAGAUGAAUUACCUCCCC